GCCCGUCCUACUGAAUGUCCGUCCGGGGAUAAGCAAUUCAAUGUCCGUCAUUCACUUCGUUGCUUAACGCUGUUUGGUAUCACUCUCACGGCUGCUACAACCAUCGCGCUCCUAGGCAACACCUCAUGUCGCAAUCGGCAUGUCUAUUGAACGUGAUCAAUCCCUUGCGUAGGUGGCUAUUCCAUCAUGACGGGCAAGCGGUUUACCGAGGACCAGAGAGUCCUUCUUGAAAGGAUGCUCACUCUCAGGGACAAACUGUCCAACCACGACAUCGGCUUUAUUCUGGGCUUUGAUGAGCGCACCAUCCGUCGAAGGAGGUAUGAGUUCGAAGCCAAUGGCAGGAUCGCACCACCACCGGAUGUGAGUAAAAAUGCGGAGAAAUUAAAGGCCGAGAACCUCGAGAAACUUGUCGAGUGGCUCAAGUACAACGACGAUGCCUUGAUCGAAGACAUGCAAAAGUUUCUCAAAGAGGCCUGCGAUUGCAACGUCAGCAGGGCCACCAUCAGCAGACAACUGAAGAAAGUUACCAAAGAGGACAGGCAACUGGGUCGCGUCAAGCGUUUAAAGGCUCGGGAAAAGAGGGCAGCUGAGGGCCGUGACUUUGACUUCACUGCUCCUUCGCGAAGUGCGACUGCCAGCGUGGAUAGAGAUAUUGUCGUCGGUGAACCGCAAUUACAACAGCAACAACAACAACAACAACAACAACAACAGCAGCAGCAAGAACUAGGGCAUCAUCAACAACAGAAACAGCUACGGAAACUACCGCCAGGGCAGAAGGAGCUACCGCAAGUACCACAGCAACAGGGACGACAACAACAACAGGCACAGGCGCAGGCGCAGGCACAGGCACCACCAGAAGCUCGGUUCGAACCAUUCCAACCUUCAGGUUUGGACUUUCCAACACCCGAGCAAGCCCUUCUCUCCCUAUCUCGGACCCAGCCACAAGGCCCACUACUGCCACUUGCAGAAAGUAGUAGGGCAGCAGCACAAAAGUAA